UUGACUAGUUGUACUUUUUACACGCUCCGAUUCUCUCUCUCUAAACUCUGUUUCUCCCUCCUCUGUCUGCUCCCAUCACCCGCUUCGGCGACACCGCCGGAACUCGUACUCGUUGCCGGAAUUUCUCUCCCGCCGCCGCAAACCGCCUCCUUCUCACACUUCCAAUCAAACCGCUUCAACCGGGUUUCCUUUCGUUUCUCUCCCUAGUCCAAGUCGCUGCAUGAGUUGAAGAAUCAACGAGUUUGACUUGGAAUUGUCAAUGGGGUUACUGGGUUUCUAGUUUCUUUGCAUAGGAACAGAUCCACGAAGGUUUUUCGCAUUCUAGAGCGAGAAUAAGAAGUGGGUUUUGAUUUUCAGAGAGAGAGAUUGAGGUUGAGGUUUAUCAUGUACGGAGCUCUGAACAGCGAUCGCAGAGGGUGGUGGAGUUCCGGUGAAUCUUUCACCUGGAAUGGCAGAUCUUGUUAGCCACAGGAAUGCCGACCGUGACAUCGACCAGGCAUUGAUUGCUUUGAAAAAGGGUGCUCAACUGCUUAAAUAUGGUCGUAAGGGAAAGCCUAAGUUUUGCCCAUUUAGACUUUCCAGUGAUGAAUUGUCUUUAAUCUGGAUUUCAAGUAGUGGAGAAAAAAGUCUGAAGCUAUCUUCGAUCUCAAGAAUUAUUCCUGGACAAAGAACUGCUGUUUUCCAACGAUAUCUGCGUCCUGAGAAGGACUAUUUGUCCUUUUCACUUAUUUAUAACCACGGGAAGCGAUCCCUUGAUUUGAUUUGCAAGGAUAAGGUUCAGGCAGAAUUGUGGAUUACUGGUCUCAAGGCACUGAUUUCUUCUGGUCAAGGUGGGCGUUCCAAAAUAGAUGGAUGGAGUGAUGGAGGCCUAUGUCUUGAUGAUAGUAAAGACUUGACAUCGAGUAGUCCUAGUGAAAGUUCGGUUAGUGCUUCACAUACACAGGACACCAGUUCUCCUGAUAUUUCUGUUAGUGUGCCGAAUACUUCUCCAAAGUCAUUUCAACCUGAGAAUACCUUAAAUAUUGAGAGGUCACAUGCACCAUCAAACCCGUCAAAUAUGCAAGUGAAAGGAUCCAGUUCAGAUGUUUUUCGUGUUAGUGUCUCAAGUGCCCCCAGCACAUCCAGCCAUGGGUCUGCACCAGAUGAUUACGAUGCUCUUGGGGAUGUAUACAUAUGGGGGGAGGUUAUCUGUGAGAGUGUUGUGAAAGUCGGUGCUGAUAAAAAUGGCAGUUAUUUAAGCCCAAGGGCAGAUAUUCUCCUCCCCAAGCCAUUGGAGUCCAAUGUGGUUUUAGAUGUACUUCAAAUAGCAUGCGGUGUUAAACAUGCUGCUCUAGUUUCAAGGCAAGGUGAAAUGUUUACAUGGGGUGAAGAAUCUGGAGGACGCCUUGGGCAUGGUGUUGGGAAGAAUGUGGUUCAACCUCGUCUAGUUGAAGCACUGGCUUCUACAACUGUUGACUUUGUUGCCUGUGGGGAGUUCCAUACAUGUGCUGUUACAAUGGCUGGGGAACUCUUUACAUGGGGUGAUGGUACUCAUAAAGCUGGACUUCUUGGUCAUGGAACUGAUGUUAGUCAUUGGAUACCAAAGAGAAUUGCUGGUCCAUUAGAGGGGCUUCAAGUUGCUUUAGUCACUUGUGGUCCAUGGCACACAGCUUUGAUAACUUCAACCGGGCAGCUCUUCACAUUCGGUGAUGGAACAUUUGGUGUCCUAGGCCACGGAGAUAGGGAAAAUGUUUCAUAUCCUAGAGAAGUAGAAUCCUUGUCUGGUUUGAGGACAAUAGCUGUUGCAUGUGGAGUGUGGCAUACUGCAGCUGUAGUAGAAGUUAUUGUGACACAAUCCAGUGCAAGUGUAUCGUCAGGUAAAUUAUUUACUUGGGGUGAUGGGGAUAAGAGUCGUCUUGGACAUGGAGACAAGGAGGCCCGGCUUGAACCAACUUGUGUACCUUCACUAAUUGAUCACAAUUUUUAUAGAAUUGCUUGCGGGCACAGUUUGACGGCAGGCCUGACCACGCCUGGACAAGUUUUUACAAUGGGAAGCACUGUUUAUGGUCAGCUUGGGAAUCCCCAGUCUGAUGGAAAGCUACCUUGUUUGGUUCAAGACAAGCUUGCUGGAGAACCCGUUGAAGAAAUUGCAUGCGGGGCUUAUCAUGUAGUUGUUUUAACAUCCAAAAAUGAAGUUUAUACUUGGGGAAAGGGUGCAAAUGGGAGAUUAGGUCAUGGAGACGUUGAAGAUAGAAAAGCACCCACUUUGGUUGAAGCCUUGAAAGAUAGACAUGUGAAAUAUAUUGCAUGUGGUUCAAACUACUCUGCUGCCAUAUGCCUUCAUAAGUGGGUUUCUGGUGCUGAGCAGUCUCAGUGCGCUGCUUGUAGACAGGCAUUUGGAUUCACUAGAAAGAGGCACAACUGUUAUAAUUGUGGACUUGUGCACUGCCAUUCAUGCAGUUCAAGGAAAGCAUUAAGAGCUGCCCUGGCUCCUAAUCCUGGGAAGCCAUACCGUGUUUGCGAUUCUUGUCAUGCGAAGUUGAACAAGGUUAUAGAUUCUGGCAAUAAUAAUAGGAGGAAUGCUAUGCCUCGUUUGUCAGGUGAAAACAAGGACAGAUUAGAAAAGUCUGAUCUGAGAUUGACUAAAUCAGCAGUGCCUUCUAAUAUGGAUUUGAUAAAGCAGCUAGAUAGUAAGGCAGCCAAACAGGGGAAGAAGGCCGAUACAUUCUCUCUGGUUCGUGCCUCUCAAGCACCGUCUUUGCUACAGCUCAAAGAUGUUGUCUUGUCUACUGCUGUUGAUCUGAAACGCACAGUUCCUAGACCUGUUCUUACACCAUCUGGAGCAAGUUCCAGGUCUGUCGUGAGUUCCAGGUCUGUCUCCCCUUUCUCUAGAAGAUCGAGCCCCCCUCGUUCAGCUACACCUAUUCCAACAACAUCAGGACUUUCCUUCUCAAAAAAUAUUUCUGAUAGUCUGAAGAAGACAAAUGAACUAUUGAAUCAAGAAGUGCUAAAGUUACGCGCUCAGGUUGAGACACUGAGACAGAGAUGUGAACUGCAAGAAUUAGAGGUUCAAAGGUCAGCAAAAAAGACUCAGGAAGCUAUGUCACUGGCUGCUGAGGAAUCUGCCAAAUCUAAGGCUGCAAAAGAAGUUAUAAAGUCACUUACAGCACAGCUCAAAGAUCUGGCUGAGAGGCUUCCUCCUGGUAUUUAUGAUGCUGAAAACAUCAGACCUGCUUACGUGCCGAAUGGUCUGGAGCCAAACGGCAUCCACCAUCCAGACUUAAAUGGGGAGCACCACACCAGAGCAGAGUCAAUCAGUGGCUCUAGUUUAGCUUCUGUAGGACUUGAAUACUCUCUGAUGAGUAGAAUCGAGGGGACUUUGCCUGGAAGCUAUGGUCUUUACCAGCAAAACCGCGGGCCUGUGACCACCAACAGAACAGAAGAUUACCCGGACGUCAAAUUGCCUAAUGGCAGUAGUGUGAUUCAGGCAAGCAACAGUAGUGUGUCAGAUACUGUUGAUGGUAGGGAUUCUGGGAAUUUCCAAGAUGACGAGAGUGGUUCAAGAUCAAGGAAUGCUGUAUCGCCUGCUGCUAGUAAUCAUGUUGAGGCAGAAUGGAUUGAACAGUAUGAGCCCGGCGUCUAUAUAACACUGGUUGCCCUGCGUGAUGGAACUCGAGAUCUAAAGCGAGUGCGCUUCAGCCGGAGAAGAUUUGGCGAGCACCAAGCAGAGACUUGGUGGUCAGAGAACCGCGAAAAGGUAUACGAAAAGUACAAUGUUCGAAGCACAGACAAGUCUACGGGCCAAGCAUCACGCAGGGGAGAGGGUGCUGGUUCACCUGUUCUAUAAUCUUAGGAAAAUAGAUGGAGGGAAGUUCUCCAUUAACAUAUUUUGUUGCAGUGAGCAUCGUUUUAGGAAAUCAAGAAUAUGAAAGGAACCAGGCACCCUUUUUGAGCUUCAUUGUCUAUCAUUGUUCCCUUCAAUCUUCUCACCAUUUCUCUUAAGUUAAACGUCUUCAUUUUAUUUGGGCAAGUGCCCUUUACUGUUGUAUUGUAGUGUAUAUAAAAUCAUCAAUCGAUAUAACCUUCGUAUUUUCUUUGUUUUCCCUCCUUGUCUCAUCUCUUUUCUUAGCACUAGAUGUAUAUCUCAUGCAUAAGAUGUACUUGGUGAUAUUUUUUGUAAAUCGAUAUUUAAUUAUUAGAGGGAGUAGU